UAGCUGCAUUAUAUUAAUUGUCGUUUUCAUGAUAACAGUGUUAUGGAUAAUCCUGCUUUGGAUAUUUAAAAAACUCGUUGAUAAAACCGAAGAUUGCAGUGACAGCAUUCACCAGCAGCAAUAAUAACAGUGGCUUGUUGUGGUUGUUGUUGGUUUUUAUGGCGUUUUACAUCGUCGUUGGCGAAGUAACAGAAAAGACCUUGCUUCUAGUUCAUUUCCGAGAUGGACCUACCUAGAGGACUUGUGAUUGCAUCUUUCCUGGUGUCGGUGUCCCUCUUCGUUGGUGGGGAACCAGACCCUAAUGUCUGCAUCCCAGCCCCACCCACGGGGGAGGGUCCACCCCUCCCUAAGCUACCCACUCAGUACCGUCUCAGGAUAGAAGCUAACAUUAAGAAUAAGGACUACUCACUUGAGAUGCAGGAGUAUUUAGACGAACCAGGUAACAGAGGAGCAGCUGAUACCCUGUCAAGGGGCUUUGAAUCCCAUACCUCUUACGACUACAAGACGGGACAGUCUAUUACCACAGUCGGUGAUAGAUGUUUCGUUGCCAAUAUGUCAACGACGCCCUUCAACCUCUAUGGAUUUGAACUGGUAGAUGGUUCCCCUCACAUCGGCGGUAUCAAUGAUAUCUUUACUUUUGGCGGAAAGUAUAAUGAGACGUACAUCGGCCAGGAGUAUGUGAGAGGUAUCCUGACAAAUCAUUGGCAGAACUGUAUGUACAUUGAGAGCAGAAACCAGACCUACCUCCUCGACUACUUCUUCUCCAUUCCAAGUCACAAGACGGCAGGAGGUGGUGCGGAAAUCCCCGUCAGAGCUGUCAUGAACGGAACAGGUCAGACGUACGUCCCCGGUCCUGGAGGUGAACCCAUUCCACUCCCGACCAGGCACAGUUUUAAUCACAUCUAUGAUUUCUUUGAAGUCAUACCAGGCCCCGUCACAGAGGAGAGAGCAUUCGAGCCUCCUUUGGGAUUCGUAUGUGAGGAUCGAAUCAGUGAGCAACCAUUCCCGGAGUUGUUUGACAUGGAUGUUUUCAAUGUAGGGGUAGAGUUAGCAGUACCAGCACCGGCAAACCGUAUCUAUUCUAUAUGGGAAUAUUAUAACUACAAAGCAAACAUCGUAGCUUUCCAGUACCAGCCAUGGGGUGUAGGCGAACCCACGGAUCCAUUAAAAGAGGUCCAUGACUAUAACCUUGGAUUGAGUUUUCAGAUUGAUAUUGCCAAGAGUUCCUGCAAAGUUGGUCCCAUCCCUGUCUAUACGGGUGAGGCUGGGAGUGAUGAUGGUGAACAUGUCUACCUUAGAUCAAUCUCAAGUUUCCUCCAACUCGGCAAAGUCAACUGGGUUUACGAAGGUCAGUCCAUUAGAAGGAAAAUUCCUGUGGAAUCUUGGAUCGCCCAAAUCAAUGACUACGACGCCGGACCCGGUAUGACCUCAAAUAUGACCUUGGAAUAUUUCUUUGCAAAUGAAAGUUGGAGCUCAGCAGCUAAAUUCCAUCAUGCUGUAAACCAUAUCCCCGUAGCGCUCGACGUCUCAUACACCAUAAAGGGGAAUAUACCUAUUCCAAUCAAAUCGAGCGUGUCGCAGCAUUUCUUCGCUCUCAAUUACGACGCGUUUAACCCUUACAUGACAGAUGUUAGUGUGUGCUAUGAUUCAAAGGACAGCAAGGAGCUCGCCAUAGACAUGGAGCAAAAAUAUAUCUUUGAUGUAUACGUUCAAAAUAGCACAAACUCUUUCUACUUUGGAGUGGUUAACAGCUUGGCUAAAGCAGCUAACGUAACUGCAUCUAGAAUCUCUAGUCCUCUGGCUAUCGAAGGCAGUAGCGGAUUAAUGACGAUUUACUUCAAACUCCUCGGGAUACCACCUGUACAGGGAGACGUCGUCAACAUGACACAACAAAUCACUCUCGACGAGUCUCAUCAGAAACUCGACAAAUCCAUAAAUGAGGGAUUGAUGAUCACAUUCAGGAGCGAGGGACAGAUCGUUGAUCUACCAGUUGCAAGAAAGAGUCUUCGAGCCGAUUUCGUUGCACCUGUAACGUCGGGAGGAUUCUCUGUGGGUGCUCUAGUUGGGAUGGGCAUCGGUAUGUUCGUAUUAGGAGUACUAAUCGCUGUGGGCGUGGUCUUCGGAAUGUCCCGUAUGUCUAAGGGUCCGUUCUCAUACAAGACCCAAGAAUAAGAGAUCUUUUUAAGGCUCGUGCAGAUGAGGUGGUAAAUCGCGGCGGUUUUUGUUUGGUUUUUUUGUUUUUACAAUGACGUAAAUGUAAUGUACGCUUCUAUUUUCGUUUUUUAUAACACAGAAUUCAGUGAAUUAUAUAAGCUUAAAUACAUUUUGAUGUGCGCAAGCGACAUUCAUUUACACGUUAAAAAGAAAAGCUGUGGCUUUUUUUGCAGCGGUUUACCGCGUCAUAGCCUAUCUGAAAAAGCCAUUAUGGUCCAGUGAAGAAUUUGAAUUUGAAUUUAUUAACAACAACACAUCACAAUAAUGACAGUUAAUCUGAACAACCAUACAAUGCAAAUAAUAAUACUGAUACAUGUAUACGUAACAUAAGAAUAAUAUUGAUUGAACAGUAAUGGUUUUAAAACGAUAUUU